UAAAAGCCUGAGAACGAGGAGUGUAUAGCCUACCGCAGAACAUAGGAGACGUUUUACAUUACCACAUCGCGACUCAGGAGCUGACCGUUUUAAAGAUAUCAUGUUCGUUUGGGGGAGAAAGCGGAUUCCACACUGAUGUUACGGCCCUACAGUACCUGAGGCAGUGGAAAUCUGGGGAGACGAGCAUCCACAGGAGAUUCAGUGAGAGGGAAGAGGUGACAUUGUAAACGUUAAGAGAAAGGAAUAGAACCGGACUUGGCACUGAGCCUUGGGGACACCCAUCUUUUUUGGGGACUGGACUGGUUGCAACGCCCUCACCAUUCCACCCUAAGCGGCGUUCUUGUUCUCCAACACGUCCUCCUCUGCCUGCAGGGCGUCCAGACAACCAGGGCCUCUGGACCCACUCAGAGCAAAGCAGCAGCACAGUAGGGAUGAGUGAGUUCUGGCACAAGAUUGGCUGCUGCGUAGUGGCCAAACCUCCACCGAGGAAGAAGCGCAGGAAAAUCGACCGCAGCAUGAUCGGCGAGCCCACAAACUUUGUCCACUUGACACACAUUGGCUCUGGGGAGAUGGCAGAGGGCCGGGCCCCGUCGGGGCCGGUCCAGGAUAAGAUGAGGUCAAAAGGACCCAGUGCCAACGGCUGCAAGAGCAUGUUAUAGCUGCUGCCUACCAAGCAUGGAGAACCAUUUCCAUCCUCCUCUAUGCGCCCCUCCAUCCCAAAUCAAAAGCAGUCACUGCAGCGUAACCUGUUUCCAAUGGAGCACUUGGCAAACCUGAGAGCGGACCCUAAUAGAGAGCAGAGAGGCUCUUCCUGACAAACCUGAGAGCGGACCCUAAUAGAGAGCAGAGAGGCUCUUCCUGACAAACCUGAGAGCGGACCCUAAUAGAGAGCAGAGAGGCUCAUCCUGACAAACCUGAGAGCGGACCCUAAUAGAGAGCAGAGAGGCUCUUCCUGACAAACCUGAGAGCGGACCCUAAUAGAGAGCAGAGAGGCUCUUCCUGACAAACCUGAGAGCGGACCCUAAUAGAGAGCAGAGAGGCUCUUCCUGACAAACCUGAGAGCGGACCCUAAUAGAGAGCAGAGAGGCUCUUCCUGACAAACCUGAGAGCGGACCCUAAUAGAGAGCAGAGAGGCUCUUCCUGACGUCUGCAGGAUCUAUUUAGACAAACGGGACGAUGGCCUUUCUGUGGUCACCACAAGAAUCGCCCUGCUCAGAGGAGGAUAGACUGACAUGUUUUUUAUGCUUUUUAAAGAAAAGUAUUUGUCUUUCUGAUGGACUUUGGACUUCCACUUUAUUUCAGCCAACAACGUUACUCUGUCUGUGCCAGCAAGCGUAUGGGAUAGAGCCGGUGAGAGCGUAUGGGAUAGAGCCGGUGAGAGUGUAUGUGAUAGAGCCGGUGAGAGCGUAUGUGAUAGAGCCGGUGAGAGCGUAUGGGAUAGAGCCGGUGAGAGCGUAUGUGAUAGAGCCGGUGAGAGCGUAUGGGAUAGAGCCGGUGAGAGCGUAUGGGAUAGAGCCGGUGAGAGCGUAUGGGAUAGAGCCGGUGAGAGCGUAUGGGAUAGAGCCGGUGAGAGCGUAUGGGAUAGAGCCGGUGAGAGCGUAUGGGAUAGAGCCGGUGAGAGCGUAUGGGAUAGAGCCGGUGAGAGUGUUUAGCUAAAUUUGUUGACUAACAUGGCUGAUUCCAUUUCAGGAAGUGAAGAUUAUGUUCUCAAGGAUCACCUGAAUGUUGCAAACCAUUGACCUACUGCCAAACACACUAUUUUGUGUAUCUGUCUAAUGAAUGAGGAUGCACCUUUAUUUUCCUACAGUGCAUAGUUAAAGGUGUCUUUGUGUGUUUAUAAGUGCAAAAUGCUAUGUGAUUUUGUUGCUGUUUAGAUACUAGUACUGAGUAGUGUUAUUUUGAUUGUACCAGUUGCUAUAGAGCCCCAUUUGGACUGCUACCCAGUUGCCAUAGAACCCCAUUUGGACUGCUACCCAGUUGCCAUAGAGCCCCAUUUGGACUGCUACCCAGUUGAAAUAGAACCACAUUUGGACUGCUACCCAGUUGCCAUAGAACCACAUUUGGACUGCUACCCAGUUGCCAUAGAACCCCAUUUGGACUGCUACCCAGUUGCCAUAGAACCCCAUUUGGACUGCUACCCAGGUGCCAUAGAACCCCAUUUGGACUGCUACCCAGGUGCAAGCAUACAGGUAACUGCCAAGAUAAAGGAAACCCCAGCAUGGUGUCUUAAUAGGUCACUGGGCACCACGAGUCAGAACAGCUUCAAUGCACCUUGGCAUAGAUUCUAGGUGUCUGGAACUCUUGGAGGGAUGUGACAUCAUUCUUCAACCAGAAAUUCCAUCAUUUGGUGUUUUGUUGAUGGUGGUGGAAAACGCCUGUCUCAGGCUCCGCUCCAGAAUCUCCCAUAAUUGUUCAAUUGGGUUGAGAUCUGGUGACUGAGACGGCCAUGGUAUAUGGUUUACAUAGUUUUCAUACUCAUCAAACCAUUGUGACCACUCGUGCCCUGUGGAUGGGGUCAAUGUCAUCCUGGAAGAGACCACUCCCAUCAAGGUCGAUCUGUAUCACCCUACAGUAGGUAGCAGGGGAUCACUCAGAAUAGCUGUGUAUUUACUGGAGUUGACCUUGUCCUCUAUGGGGUUGAGUGGAUGGACCUAAACCAUGCCAGGAAAAUGCACCUCCACACCAUAAGAGCUGCCAAUAAGUACCCUCAUUUACUGGUGUGUCCUUUUAUUUGAGCAGUUACCUGUAGCUGGUCACUGUGAUACACAAUUUACUAGCACCUACUCUGAAAAGCCCUAACUAUUAGUCAGCAGGAAGAGUCUGUUAGUAACAGGGGUGGUUGUUGUUGAAGUUCGAAACACCCUGACCGUUACGGGGCUUUCCAGUGAUCUAUCCUGGAAUUACUGGGGAAUGCCACUCAUUAAAUCAACUGCAUCGAAGGAACAUUCCAUAAGGUAGUUUGUUCUCUUGUCGGGGGGGGGGUCCACCCCCUUGAUCUGAGUGGAAAAUUCCAACCAUUUCACUGUGCAUUUCCCUUGUCAUUUCUAAAUGGCCUCCCACUUGAGCUUGUUGUCGGUGACGUGCACUCCAAGCUGGCUUGUGUCCCACAUGACAUCCACACGAUUCUGAAACCAGGUGGGAGUUUUAAAUAUCUGAUUUAAAUCAUGCAGUAGAAAUGAAAGUUUGUUUCCUGUACACAACUGUAUUUCUGACGUGAUUACUAUACACAAUCUGUUGUGAAUAACUCCUCACUCUGUAGGUUUUUUGCUAAGUGUGUCCAUACGGGGAAAAACUCUGAAAUGGGAUGUUUUUUAAAUCUUGUAUCUUAUGUGAUUUCCUAUACCAGUUAUCCUAUACCAGAACAUAUGGCGUAUGGAUGGUGUUGCACAUGUUGUAUGUUGUCCCUUCACUAAUACCUUAUCUGUUUUAUACACUGGGCUUAAAGUUGACUUAAUGCUGAAGGUGGGACUUUGCAUACUGCUUGGUGGCUUUCCUAUCUUUGGUAGAGCUUGUAAUACUGAGUACAUUCUCAGCCCAACAGAAUGACUGCUGCCUUGAAGUUUCUGGAACAAUGUACAUUGGUAACGUCAGUAACUUGAGUCUGUUGGCAUUUCAGUUUCUUUCCCAUCUUUAUCAUGGUUGUUGUCAGACCAAAACUCAAGUUCAUUAGAAAUGAUUUGUGCAAUCUGUUGAUUUUUCCUGAAAUACAGUUCACAUUCUGAAUAGA